AUAACAAUUUUGUGACAAACAUUGUUUUUCAUGUGUCAUAAUUUGUCAAAGUUUCGAAAGGAAGCCGUGUGCAAGAAAUGCCGACAAUCAUCUUGUCUUUGGUGAUGCUAUGAACCACUAAUUGAUAUUUUUUUAGUGAUGUAAAAGGUAACGGAACGCCAAUGGACUUAUGAAAAUGCACAGUGUAACCGUUGUAAAAUUUUCCACUCUUAACACUUCCGUUACAGUUCACGAGCUCAGUAAUUCAAAGUGUCCAGCCAGCAAACGUGUUAACAUUAGCUUCAUACUGUGAACAUUAGCAUAGGGAGGUGAUGUGCGAAAGAACAUUAGUGCUUCUACCAGACGAUCACACCGGACCAGGAAGACCACGAUACCACUGCAGAUGGUGCAGAAGACUCUAAUCAUGAUCCCCACUUUGAGCCCAUCGUGUCUCUUCCUGAGCAGGAUGUGAAAACAUUAGAGGAGGAUGAGGAGGAGCUGUUUAAAAUGCGGGCCAAACUAUAUCGUUUUGCCUCUGAAAACGACCCGCCAGAGUGGAAGGAGAGAGGAACUGGAGACGUCAAGCUGCUGAAACACAAAGAGAAGGGCACAAUCCGCCUCCUGAUGAGGAGAGAUCGAACUUUAAAGAUCUGUGCCAACCAUCACAUUUUACCAAUGAUGGAGCUGAAGCCCAAUGCUGGCAGUGACAGAGCAUGGGUGUGGAACACACUAGCUGAUUAUGCAGAUGAAUGCCCCAAACCCGAACUUCUGGCAAUCCGCUUUUUAAAUGCUGAAAAUGCUCAGAAGUUCAAGGUGAAGUUUGAUGAGUGCAAGGAGGAAGUCAGAAAACAUCUAGAGCAAACAGGCAACACCGACAGUGCAAACAAGGUGGCAGAGAAGUUGGAGGAACUCUCUGUGAAAGACAAGGCAUCAGAGGAAAAGAAGGAAGAGGAGAAAAAGGAGACUGAGAAGAAAGAUGAGAAGGAGGAGGUGAAAGAUGAGAAGAAUUGAGAACCAAGAACUUGCUUUUGCUGAUCUUCAGUAUAUCGGUUUUUCCUCUUUUUCUACAAUAGACUCUAAAUGAACUGAAUUUGGACACUUGCAUAAUAUUAUUAGGUUUUCUUUUUAUUGGUUUUUGCCUCAAGAUCACAAGUCCUUGAUGCCAAUGGGGGGAAAAAAUACACGCUAGUGAUUUUUUUUUUUUCUGGAAAAAGUCCUUCCUUUCCCACCCCUUUCCCUCUUUGCGCCAUGGAAUGCCACGCUUUCCAUCGUUGUCAUCUACAGUUCAAUGUUACUUCAAACAAACUGUGAAAAGAGGCUUGUGAUAGUGACGAUUCCCACAUUGGGGUAUUUUUCUUUGUUUUGUUUUGUUUUUGCUAUUCUGAUAAAGAGUUUUGUUUGUAGAGGGAGAGGAUAACGUAGCCUGCUCGAUGGCAGCGCAGGGUCAUUGACCAGGUAUUACAGAGGUGCAUUUUAAGUAUAAAAUCCCAUUUUGCAUCUCAGUGGGCCGCCUUGCCAUGUCCACUGUUAAUGCUUCCACUGUUAGACAACAAGUAAGGCGAAGACUUCUCACUGACUGCCUUGCAGAAGUAGUUCCUUCUUUGAUCAGUUCUGUCGGGAACUGAUUUGAAGGGAAUCCACUCCAGAAAGUUGAGGGGCAUCAGAUGAGUACUGCUCUGUGCAGUGUGCACUGAUGGCUAACUGAUAGGAAAUGAGAUGCACUUAGCUAAAAAAAAAUAUUUUUUUUGUCCUGACAAACAUCAAGCCCAAAGUAAAGAGUCCAUCAGUUUGGUGCAGCUAUGCUCUGACUUGCGUUCCUCACUAGUAAAUCAAGUUUGUAUUGUUUAGAUCAUAACAUUCCCAGACUUCAAAGCAUGUAGAGUAUAUGUAACAGAGUGUGCCCUGUUUGAUCUGUGUGCUCACCACCCUCUCCUUUUCUUUCCACUAAUUGAGUUCUUAACCUUGCCUCUGAAGUGCAUCUAAGUGCCAGUGCAUCUGUAAAUACAUGAAUAUGGAUGAAAUGUGUCUUUUCAUUUGCGCACAAAUGAUUUGAAAUGUUUCGUCCAACUUCGAAUAAAAGCUGUCAAAGACCA